AUGCCAGAUGCAGUUAACCCCAAAGCUUACCCCCUGGCCAGCCCAGACCUAGAGCCGAAGCUUUUGACGCUCGUCCAGUCUGCGGUGCGCAUUGGGCAGCUCAAAAAGGGCGCAAAUGAAGCCACCAAAGCCCUCAAUAAAGGCAAAGCUGAAAUUGUUGUCCUCGCGGCGGACGCUGAACCGAUCGAGAUCGUUCUUCACCUACCCCUGGUUUGCGAAGACAAAAACGUCCCCUGCGUCUUUGUACACUCCAAGGUAGCCCUCGGCCGCGCCUGCGGUGUCUCCCGACCCGUUGUGGCCUGCUCCAUCAUCUCCAGCGACCGCAGUCCCAUUGAUGGGGAGAUUAACGCCGCCCGGAUUGCAGUCGAACAACUGCCCCUCUAA